AUGAGCUCCGACAACUCGGGCAAUGGCACCACCAUCCAGCUCGCCACGGGCAUCGGCGGUGUCGGCGUCAACAUAGUAAUUUCCACCUGGAUCACGUGGACAAUUGCUCUGGUCUUUGUCGCCCUGAGGUUUUACACACGCACAAGGCUUGUGCGGGUACUCUGUGCAUCGGACUGGGUCUCGGCUGCCUCUCUGCUAGCAGCCUUGGCAAUGUGCAUCAGCAAAGUCUUGGAAUGUGCACAUGGCACUGGAAGGCAUAAAUGGGACAUCGACGUGAAUGUCGAGAUGAAGGAUUUUCUACAGGCGUGGUGGUUCACUUUGUUUACUUACCAGCUCUCGCUUGCGCUCACCAAGGCCUCGGUCUGCUUGCUCUAUCUCAACAUCUUCACCUUUGCAUGGGCCCGCAAAGCCACCUACGCUGUUCUAAUCUUCGUCGCUGUCUCAAGUCUCUGGUGCCUCGCCUCCUUGCUCACCGCGUGCAUCCCCCUCCAAGCCUUUUGGGACCCUACCGUCAAAGCGUCAUUCUGCCAAAGUGGGAAAGUGUGGUGGACAAUCACGGGCCUACCAAUUGCAACCGACGUUCUAGUCUGUAUCAUCCCCAUCCCGAUGGUGAUUCCCCUGAAGUUACCUCGGCGACAAAAAGCGCUCGUCGUUGGUAUUUUUACUACGGGCUUCCUUGUCUGCCUUAUUUCCUUCGUCCGCCUUGCCAUCACAAUCCAGUCGGCCAGGCAGCCCAAUCCCGACUACACAUACGCCCGCAAAGACAUCAGCUACUGGACAAUCAUUGAGGUGCAUGCCGCAAUCUCUAUCACUUCCAUCAUGACCCUGAAGCCACUUAUUCUCAAGCUUUGGCCCUCUCUAUUACAGACGCAAAACUCUGACACGAGUUCACGUAUAAACGACUCUGACCCGCCCCUCACCAUUGGAUCCAAGCCCUCGCGUAGCAACAUGAGUACUGCUCGUCCCGAAUUAUGGUUCGACGGACCUGCAAACGCCGACGCCAAUAUCUUCAUGGCGGACCUUGAGGCGCAGCCGCGAGCACGGGCAAGAGCGAGACCAGAGGUGGCGUCAGCAGAAGACGAAGACCAAGAAAACGACCAUAACGACCACGAUUAUGAAGCCGAGCACCACAGCGUCAUAACGGAGCCCAGAACCAACUCUGGACUGACGGAUAGGCUCGAUACUGCCCCCACAACACAAUAA